ACCAAUUUCCAUCACUUGCUGUUUCAGGAAUCGCUCCGUUUUUGGACUUCGCCGGACUAAUGGUGUUCAUUGAGAAAAUCUCCAUCUACUUGCUUAUCGGUGCCACGUUUUAUUUUUCACGUACCGCUAAGGAAGAUAUCGACGCCAAGCGUAAUUCCGAACCUAACACCCGUGAUACCAUCAGAGCUCCAAAGAAUCUUACUACUUCUACUGCAAGACUUGAUGAGAUCGAACAAGUUCUUCAACAAUUUUUGGUAGAGUCGCAACCGAAUCCGAAUCAAUGUUUCUAUCGUAACUCUCCAAACUUCGAAUCAUUCCCUGCGGGACAAUUAACGUUCACGGGUAUCAGCUUAACCGUCUGGAGUCGAUUUAAGCAGUCUUUUGAUCAGAUCAAGAUCGAAAAUAAUUAUACUUUAGAGAUGUGUCUUUCUGUAGUUAUGGGCAUUCGAUUAUUGGGGGAGAAUAUUAAGACGACAGUACAAGGAUCAAAUUGGUUUAUGGAUCGACAGUUACACGUAAUAGUGAGUAGCGGGAAAGGAACUGCCAUUCUCGCUUUGCGAGGGGUCUAG